AUGGCAGUUGUACUUACUUCCAGCGAGUGCGAUGGAGCGACACCUACAUGCACGAAUUGUAAGACCGCAGGAUGGACGUGUCCAGGUCCAUCCAAUACUGGAGCCUUUUUCCGCAAUCAAACUGCCUCAGACAUGGCAAGAAGGAGUUCUGUAAAUGAUGCCUCUAUUGCAAUAGCACCAAUGUCUGGAAGCUCCAGAGAACCGGAGACCUGGAAGCGACCUCUGUCACCCCCAGCAAGAGACAGAGCCACGACCUUUUUCAUGCGACAGCACGUUUUUGGCAUCUCAGGUGGAAGCGGCUCAUUGUUACUGGGAGGUGGUCACGAAUAUCUUCCAAUCUUGCUGAGAGAGGAGUCCGCAUUCGGGUUGCUCAGUACGGUUGUCGCAGCGGCUGGAUUUGCUGCCCUUUCCAACGCAGGCAAUGUUGCCGAAUGGCGCUCCGAGUCAUUUAGGCUCUAUCAGAUUGCAAUUGUUCAGUUACAACGCGCUCUUCAAGAUCCGGUUCAAAGGGUUUCAGAUGAAACACUCGGAGCAGUCUUAUUAAUGGGAACCUUCGAUGUACAGAACUUCGCUCCCUGGAUUAAACCAUGUCAAGGCGCUAACAGUGACUCCAGUUCAAUGGACACGUUUAGUCAACAUAUCAUUGCGGCGGCGCGAUGUAUUGAGAUGCGUGGUCCAGAGCAGUUUCGAACCCCGGCUAGUGUGAAGCUGUUUAUGCAAAUGCGACGCAACAUGAUCACCACAUGUCAUCAACUGCAGGAACCCUUUCCGUUCGAGGUAUCGAAAUGGUCACGAUGGGCUGAACCACACCAACCAGAAGCUUACAUCCCUGUGAAUAAACUAUCGCAGAUCAAUGAAGGUCUGGCUAGUACUCGUGCUAAACUGAAAUAUUUGGGUGUCACUGACCCUGAGAUUAUUUCCCAAAGUCUCAUGCCAUUCGAUAGAAUGAUGGAACAAUGGGCAGAUGAUUUGCCACCUAUCUGGGAGUAUAAAUCGUAUCGAUCUAUCGGACCAGAUGGGAUCCCUUCGAGUAGAUAUGAUCUCCAGUACGAUAUCUACAAUGAUCCCUGGAUUGCAUGCAUAUGGAACUCUUAUCGAAAUGCGCGACUGCUCAUCCACGAGUCGAUCAUCGUAGCCACGCUGAAACAUGGCAGCCAAGAGCAGAAGGAAACAUUGCAAAGUUCUUUCAAGAUACUGAGGAGCAUGGCAGAUGGGAUUUGUUAUAGUGCAGCAUACCAUUUAGGGCACCGACGCCAGGAUGAUACAGUCAUGAUUCAUCCAGAAACCGGGCGCCUCGACAACACGCCAGCGCCUGGAGGCUUUCUACUUCUUUGGCCUUUAUUCUUUGCGGCUAUUCAGAGGACGUCUUCUACAGAUCAAAGGCUGUGGGUGGCUGGGAUAAUCCGUCAAGUAGGGAGACAAAUGGGUUUGCAAAUAGCCUUCUCGAUGGCUGAUUUGUUGGAAAAGGACGAGAAAGAGUUUGCUUUCUCAGAUGAAGACACUUUCUUACUCGGGGAAUGGCACCCAAAUUGA